AUGGAACCGUACGGUGCGUACGGUUCCGAUUCAUGGACCUCCAAAGCACUCGCGCCAGUGAUCAAUACAACCAUCCUGCUUAGUUGUGUGGCCUGGAUUGUCAUAUUUAUCUUUCGUAAACGACAACGAUCACGUCAUUCUCGAGCGCGUAUAGCCCGAUCGCGAGCAAAUCGUAUUCUCUCGGUCCCGUUAAAAGCCACAAUCAUUGUCACCGGAUUGAUUCUAACUGUGCUGCUGGUUUUCUCAAUCACCGCCGCCUCGACUGUCAGGCGAACAGUAUUUCGUGGGAGUAGAUACAAUAUCACUAGUCGUGGUCCAUCGACCUCUCGACUGAAUCGUCGAAAUCCGCACGGAUCAGUUGCUCACCCGGAUGAAGCGGGAGUUCACUUAUUAUCCAAAGUUUCCGGGAAUACGCUCAUUUUGAGCAGUGUGACCUUGGGACUUAUCCUGCUUGUUUGGAUCCUGCAAUACAUGACAUUGAUAAUGCUCAAUCUGUACCGGAAUUGUAUGCCACUUGACGAUCCACAUGGCAUGUGA